AUGGUUCAAGGUUCCCCCGGAGAAAUAGCAAUGGUAGUUCUACAGCUCUCGGCCCGACGGACGGCUAUCGGAGCACAUGGCGGCUACUGCAUCAAUGCAUACCAUCAUGACGAAGAGAAUCUUCCUAUCUUUUCUCCCGAAAAUGGUCUGAACAGGAGGGAAAUCCGGAUAAGUUCUCCCGCGCAUUAUUGGGCAAAUCGCUCCGCCUAUGGUCUCUCUUUCAUUCAUUCCUUCCGGUCUUUCCAUCAUUCGUUAUCGCUUUUGUUUUUUGAAUUUUUGAUUCUCUGCAGGGUUGGCCAGACGGGGCGUAGUCCCGGUAGCAAAUAUUGCUAA